AUGGUGAGAGGAAAGAUCGAGAUCAAAAGAAUCGAGAACGUGACGAGCAGACAAGUCACGUUCUCCAAGCGUAGGAAAGGUCUCUUGAAGAAAGCUCACGAGCUUUCAGUUCUAUGCGAUGCUCAAGUCGCAGCCAUUGUAUUUUCUCAAAAAGGAAGAUUAUAUGAUUUCGCAAGCUCCGACAUGCAGAAGAUGAUGGAGAGAUAUGAUAUACAUAGGAGCGAGUAUUUUGGGGCAGAGAGACUACAAAAACAGCAAUUUGUGCAGGAGGUCAAGAACGAAAUGGCGAAAACGUUAGACCAGAUUGAACUUCUUCAACUUCAUUGCCGGAAACUGAUGGGGCAAGAUUUGGAUUCGUGUUCAGUGGAGGAACUCAAGGAGAUAACUAUCAAACUUGAGAAAAGCCUCACUAUUGUAAGAUCAAGAAAGGCUAAGUUAAAUGAAGAUACGAUAGAGAAACUAAAAGCAGAGAUUUCAGGAGAGAAAGAAGUCUUGAACGAGACAAGUAGUCUACAACAAAUGUUUGAAGAACCAACCUUGUGGAUGCACUCGAGGAGUCUAGAGAGUGAGAUGAGUGGACCAUCAUGUGGUUAUGGAAACAUGAACAUAUCGGAUGUCAAAACUGAGUUGUCCAUCGGAUUGCCUGAAAGUCGUGAGUGA